AUGGCCCUCCUCAACGAGGUGGUAAUCAACCGACUCGACGAAAAGAACUCUACGUACCAGUUCGAACUUCAAGUGGGAUGGCCACUGCUGAAGGCAGGAUUGGACUACAAAACAGGUGUUAUCCCCUUUGCUACCUCUGGAACUGUCAUACUAUACAAUACAGGCAACACCCUGCUGAUUCUUGGAGAGAUCGUCGGAAAGAAUGAUAUUUGUGAAGUUAUACUACGUAACGUGGUACUGAAAGAUUUGGGUGAACUGCAAUUCACCAUUGAGCCAAGCAGUCCCUUUAAUUGAAUAAAGGAUGAUGGGAUCCCAAAGAACAUUCUGAAAGAAAAGCUAGAGGAGGACACUGCCGGUCCCCAAGAUUGCGGGGACCCGCUGAGGUAGCAGGUGAUGCGUGGAGGUCCAUCUAGGCAGUGAUGGACUGUAAGGACUGUGCACAGUGACAAGAUUAAAUGUUUGUUAUCAUUUGUAUUCAAGGAAUUGAACUGGCAUCAGCUCAACUAUCGGCGAGAUAUUACAUUAGCUAAUUAUAGAUGGUUGUCUGAAUCAAUAGAAUCAAAGAUCAUGCUUUUGGUCGUUGUUGACAAUUUCCCUUGUUGAACAAAGAAAUGGCUUCCCUCUGGAACGCAGUGAUGUUCAUUGCUUCACAUUUUUCCGCAUUUGACAACUGUGGAUCAGAGUUGUCUUCGCCAUUAGGUCCAUUCGAUCCCUUGCAAAAAGCAGCUAUAGAAGGCGAUGCAGGAGCUGCAGAAUCGGUAUUGGUUCAUAUGUUGAAAAAAAAAUUGAAUAUAAACGAGCGAGACGGUGAGGGAAUGACUCCUCUGCAGUGGGCUGCAAUCAGAGGACACGAAGAUGUCUUGAAGAAACUCUUAGUCUUCGAAGCUGACGUUCAUUCCUUGGACUAUGGUAACUUCACAGCUCUCCACCUGUCUGUAAUAAGCGGUAAACCUGAAGCUGUCCGUGUUUUAUUGCAACACGGUAGUGAAGUCAACGCUGUGAAUCUCGAUGGUGAUACUCCUCUGCACCUUGCUGUCAAGAAGGGGGACUUCGACAUUGUAGAAACGCUUCUUGAACAUGGUGCAUUUACCAACAUCAGCAACUGCAAGGGAAAGUAUGCACUCGAUUUAGCGAUUGAAGAACAGCAUCUAGCUAUCGUUAAAUUGCUGAAAUCGGUCAGAGCGAUUGGAGAGGAUUCUACUGCUGUCCUAGAAGAUCAUUUCAGAGUAAAUACUUCUUACAUUGGAGAUCUUUUCCAUUGGGCAAAUGAUGUUCAAGCGAACAACAUUCCAGAAGAUGCUGUUAUCGGAGGAACAGAUCCGCUUUGUAACUUCAUAUACGUCGGAAGAGCAUCGCAUGGUAACCAUCUCCUGCCAGCCAAGGUUUGUCCGACCAAGCAAUUCGCAUAUUACUCUCUUGGCGGUAGCGAGUACUACACUAAAAAAUACCAGAUACUUUGCAGUAAAAACGUUCUAUGGAAGCCGGUGAACAGCAACGAAGAUUUAGAACACGCAUUAUUAAUUGGAAAGGGGGCUGAUGGAGAUCUCUUUUACGUAGGAAGGACCUUCUUGGAAUUUGAAGGCAAUGAAUACUUGACACCUGGAAAGGUAGCGGUUCAUCAAAAGAUUUUGUAUCUAACAUUCCAUUACAAAGUGUAUGAAUCCACAAAAUACGAAGUACUUAUCAUUAAUUAGAGUAUGUUCAUUAAUGAAUGUUAUGUUUUUUAUCAACUUCGCCAGCAAAGAUAUAAAUAUGUAAAUGUUGACUAAAGAAUCAUUAAACUAUUAUUUGUAUAUCUGUACACCAUAUGUAAAUAAAUAUAUUUAUUUAUGUUAUAUUGCUUUUCUUACUUUUUUUGAGAAAUUUUACUUUUUGGUUCUACAGUUAUAGGAGGAAUUGGUUGUUACACGUACCAUAUUGCCACAUGACGGAUUCUAUCGAAGAGGAAGUUAUCGUGUAACUUUUUUUAAAAUUUGUAGUGUGCAAUAAAUGUUUUACUUAAAACAAAAAUAAGUACAGGAACGUCUUGAUAAUCCGAUCAAGUUGAUUGCAUGAUCUGUUCGGAUUAUCGGAAAUUUAAAUUUAAAAUGAUAUUAAAAUAGCACAAGGUAACAAAAAUAUAAAUAUUAUUAGUUAAAUAUAAAAAAAAAAAAAUUAAAAACAAAAUUAUUGCCCAGUCAAUGAAUGCUCGAAAAGGAUGUCUAAAAGGAAAUGACGAGUACACAAUUUUUGACUUUAGGCGACUAGUAAGGACAUAUUUGACUUUAUUUGGACUAGUAAGGAGGUAAACAUACUAAAUGUUGGUGAGCCAGAUGGUGGUGGGGAGAGACGGGAGGAGGGGACAAUUAGAAGGUCACGUUUUUCUAGUUUUCGCUUGUCAAUCUGCCCCAACACCUGUGGGUAUAAUUUUGGAAUAGUUUUUACUUUUUUUGUAUAGUAAAAAACAUAUUACUGAUUAUAAUAAACGAAUUCAAAUGAGUAAUAAAAAAACAAGGACUUAUAGGUGUGUUCAGCUGGGAUUUUCACUUAAAACUGGAAAAUCAGAGUAAGGGUAGGGAUAUUGAGGAAUUUGCUGACCUGUUUGGGUAAUAGGAAAAAAAUCUAGAAAAUUACAGUUUCUAAAAUUUGAAGAUUUGGAUGGAUACAAGGGGAAAACACUAUAUCUAUGAAAUAAUAAUUGGUAAUUGGUUGACUGUCGUGGAUAAUGAAG